AUGCGCACACUUGAGAAGCGCCGGACGCCAGUCGGCUCCGGUCUGCCGAACAACGAGGUCCUCGCUGGCCACAAGGCGGUGCAACCCGGCCCUUGCUCUGGCAUCAGUGCAAGCAUGGGGAACAGAAAGCUGCGCGUGCAUGCGCAGCACUGCGUUUCGAUGUUCCGGCGCUUAGAGACCAAAGCCAAAUCUGCGACGAUGGUCAGCUAUUCUGCAGUGCAAACUGCGCCCAGAGUCGGUAACAUGGCACCGAUGUCGUCCAAAGGCAGAGCACGCACCUUGGCCCGAUUCCGUGCUGGGUAG